CUUUCACUCAUCGAUCGCUCUUUUUCAGCGCGAUUUUUCACUUCUGUCACAGGUUUAUAAUUUGUCGGACGAUUUCAGCGAGGCGCGUACUGGGGUUACGCGAGGGUAAAGCACUCAUCCACAUUCAGUGAGUGAAUGGAAAAGUAAAUGGGAUGAAAGCUCAAGUCAGUGAGCCAGCAGGUCGGACCGUCAAAGCGUCUUAACUGCUGCAGCUGGAAGGAGGAAGAGGAGAGCCCAUCCAGGAAUCCGCACGGAGCGUGGAAAGGACUGGUGCGUUUGAGAGAUUGGUGAACCACCUCAGUGAUCUUAUUAUCUAUACCUGUGCAUCAAUUAGCUAAUUUAUUUUCCUCAGUUUCAUGUAGUGUCAUACACAAUGGACAUAUUGACAGUCUGAAGAAAGCGUCACUAAACAUGCUGUUCAAUACGCGCAGAUCAACUCCGCAAAUGUCUGCUAUAAGGAUGGAUAGAGACCGAAAGUGUUGGCACAUAUGGGACAAAUCGAGUCUGGGCAGAAGGAGUGAUAUUAGGGCGAUGAUAAGGGAUGUGGAGAGGGGACAGCAAUGGACCGUGAUUUUUCUGGUGUCACUCGCUCUGCAGCCGCAGGUGGUGUGUGCAGUGGGCACAUUUGAGGUGCAGAUUCGACAGUGGCUGAACCCUCAGGGCUUUCUACAGAAUGGGCAGUGCUGUGACCCCCAGGCCAGCGGGGGGCAGCACUGUUCAUCAGGUGAUCAGUGUGACACAUUCUUCAAAGCCUGUCUGAAGGAGUACCAGGCCCGGGUCAUACCUACUGGCACUUGCACAUAUGGCACUGGCAGCACACCUGUCCUAGGUGGCAACUCCCACACCUUACAUCACCAUGGGAACGAGGGAACUGACAGCAGAAAUGGACAAAUUAAUAUCCCAUUUAAAUAUGCGUGGCCAAAAUCAUUUUCUCUGGUGAUUGAUGCUUUGGACCAUGACAAUGAAACAUCAGAGCCAGGUCGGGAUGAAUUAGUAGAACGAGUGUUGCUAUCCUCCAUGCUGAAUCCAGGGGAACAGUGGCAGCCCUUCCGCCACCACGGCCAUGCGUUCACUCUCGAAUACCGCCUGCGCUUUCGCUGUGAUACCAAUUACUAUGGCCCACUCUGCAACAAGCUCUGCCGUGCACGAGACGACUUUUUCGGCCAUUUCGACUGUGACCCUUCUGGUAGCAAGGUGUGUAAUGAGGGCUGGACUGGACCAGAGUGCAGACAAGCGGCGUGCAAGCAGGGAUGUCAUCUGGACCAUGGCUCAUGCCAUCUACCAGGAGAGUGCAAGUGUCAUUAUGGCUGGAAGGGGGAUCUGUGCGAUGAGUGUGAGACAUUUCCUGGGUGUGAUCAUGGCACUUGCACUGAACCCUGGAAGUGUGUAUGUGACACAAAUUGGGGCGGCCUGCUCUGUGACAAAGAUCUGAAUUAUUGUGGUACCCAUCAGCCCUGCAAGAACAGUGGUACUUGUACCAACACUGAACCAAAUGAGUACUUGUGUAUUUGCAAGGAGGGUUUCCGUGGCCGCAACUGUGACAUUGUGGAGCAUGCCUGUCUCUCCUCUCCAUGUGAGAAUGGUGGAACGUGUAAUGAAGACCCGACAGGAUUCAGCUGUGUAUGUGCACAGGGUUGGACAGGACCCACCUGUACUGCCGCAGUGUUAUUGUGUGACUCCAGUCCAUGUGGGCGUGGAGCUACGUGUAAAGAGACUCCACAAGGCUUCCUGUGUCUGUGUCCUCCAUUCUGGUCUGGCAGGACCUGCCAGCUUGACACUAAUGAGUGUGAGACUGGUGUAUGUGUCAAUGCCCAUUCCUGCCGUAAUCUAAUUGGAGGUUAUUUGUGUGACUGCCUUCCUAGCUGGUCGGGGCCAAACUGUGACAUCCGGAACAAUAGCUGCCAGGGCUUGUGUCUGAAUGGAGGACACUGUGAGGAUUCUCAGUGUGUGUGUUUGCCGGGUUUCUCUGGUAAACUCUGCCAGACAGUACUGAACGCCUGUAACAGCAACCCUUGUCUAAAUGGAGGGCAGUGCGUGGAACCUCAGGGAGGCAGAGGAGUGUUCUGUAGAUGCCCUCUGGGAUACACUAGCACCUAUUGUGAGAUGGCACUGGAUCUUUGCAAUCCCAACCCUUGCCCAAAGGAUGUGCCAUGUCGCAGUACGGAAGGAGGCAACAUGUGUGCUUGUCCUGAGGGCUUCCAUGGAAAUGAGUGCAUGAGCCUGAAUGAUCCAUGUCAUGAACCCCACUGCCAAGGAGCAGUGUCAGACUUUGGUGUAGGUGGGUUCAGUGUUUAUAUGGUGUUGGUGGGAAUAUUUUCCCUGCUUGUCGCAGGCGGCUGCUCUGUAUGUGCGCUAAUGCUCUCCCGUAUGCACCACCGUCAUCGUACCAAAGAGCAGCUGCGCAUUUCAGCACCUGAGGACAAUGCCAUUAAUAACCAGCGGCAGUUCUGCACUCUCAUCCAUAACUUGGACAACAGCGUGGCCCUACUGCCCCCUGCCCAGACAGUACCUGCCGUUUCCGUGCCAGAGCUCUGCAGUGAAGAGAUCGAGCUUACACUUCCCCCCUCACCUGCGCCCUCCAAAGCUCUAAAGCCAGCCCAUGGGCCCAAGUUGGACAUUUGUAAUCGUGAGCGAGAGAAACUGAACCGUUUCCACUAUGCAGACAACCAGGAAUUGGAGGUGUGACCACCCGAUUGCCACAGGGAGUUUCCUGGUUUUCGAGGAUAGUGCUCUAAUGCAGUUGAUGUGUCUUAAAGGUGCUGUAAGAGAUGUAAAUCAUUUCAGAACAUAUGAAUAAGACACAACCCCUUUUUCUAAAACCCACCCUCAAAAUAUACUGUUGUUUAAACCAUUGUAGUCAAAUGGAGUAAAAGAGCAGCGUCGUGUCAUCUGUCUUGCAGCAAGCAGCAGUUGCAAAUUUGCGUUCUCACACAACAAACUUGCAACUGCUUUUAAGAUGAAUAUGCCAUUUGACUUGAAUGAUUCACUCUAAGCACCAUGCUUUCAGCUUCCUGCUUCCCAUAAAUGGGCUGCCCUGUGAACAUGCAAAAUGACUGAAGGAAUAGUUCACCCCAAAAUUUGAAUUCUCUUGUCAUUUACCCUAUUGCCAUCCCAGAUAUGUAGAACAUUCUUUCUUCUGCUGAACACAAACAAAGAUUUUUUUAUGCUGCCUGUAUGUGCUAUUUUUGAGCUUCAAUGGUUUCGACCCUGUUGACUUGCAUUAAAUGGACCUACAGAGCUGAGAUAACUUUGUGUUCAGUAGAAGAAACAAAGUCAGCAUUCUGGCAUAAGGGUGAGUAAAGGAUGAGAGAAUUUAUAUUUUUUGCUGAACUAUUCCUUUAAAAGGCAGAAAGUGCCUCAAAGUCUUCUGAUUGGCUAAAAAAAGAAUCUGACUGUCUGGCCUGCUGUCAGAGCUGUUUUUGCUUUUUACAAAGCCUAGGACUAUUUCAGAGACUUUAUAUAUUUCAGGACACAUAAUUCAGUGAUAUCCGUUGAGUAAUGGAUAUAUUUUCUGUAUGCCAUUCCAAUUUUCUGUAUGCCAUUCUAUUACAGCACCUUUAAUCAUCCUCUGCUGUUGAACAUUACAUUACAUUAUAAAAUAAAGACCUGAGAAGAGAAGGAGAAGACCACUCCUCUACCAGCUGAAGGAACUGUACUGACCUUUACAAAUUAGUUAAAAAUACAGCAAGUGUUUUAAGGCCAGUGAUUCAGCGUCCUUGAAUCCUGCUUAUUUAAGUGUAUUUUAUUGUAUGUUUACACUUGUGCCCUUUAUUAGUACACGUUUGUCUGAUUGUAAGUGUGUGCCUGUUUUUGAGUGUGUACUGUAAGUGUGUAUGUAUGAUUGUGUUUGUGAAUGGUCCGCCAUACAUUUCCACAAAGACUUUUUGAUACUUAUAGGAACAUGAUAACAGUGUAUUUGUUCUCAUAACUGAAGGAAUUAUAGCACAGACAGAAAAUGUGCCACUUGACAUCCUUAUCCUAAUGAAUUCCUGUCAUGUUGGAGAUGUACAAGAUGUAUGAUUUUAUUUUUUAAACAACUGGAUGUAUAUAGUGCUGUUGUACAUAUAUUGUACAUAUCAAUUUUGCCAAUUUUUGUGCACUGGCUCCUUGCGAAAUGUCACCUUUUUAAUUCCCUGUUUUCAUGCUUUCCACUCAACUAUUUGACAGAAGAUUGAAUUGUAAUUGAAAUACAUUUAUCAACCAAUGCAUAAGUGUUUCUGUGCGGCUAUUGUUUUGGUAUUGUAGAAUAUUCUGUAUAUUCGGGUGUGUUCGGUGUCAGAACACUAUUGUACUGUGUACUUGCCAUUCCGUAAGCUUUGUAAACUGAAUAAAAGGAUAUUUGAUCACUGAGGUUCCUGCCCUUAAC